UGUCGUCGGUCGCAGUAUUGUAUUUUAGCUACUACUUGUCGAAUUUUGUUUGUGCUUGUUGCCGAUACUGUUGCAACAAAAUUUUGUGAGUAGCCAAUAAUAAUGUUAAUUUAUCGACUUUGAAGUGAUUUUUUGGGAUCAAUAUAAAAUAUUAUUACAAGGAACUAAUAAAAAACUAUAAAGUCAAAAUGGAAAAUAAAAUCUAUCCCAAUUUACAAAAAAUGUGUCGUUUGUGUUUAAAGGAAAAUGCUGCAACAGUUUGCAUUUUUCCCAAAGAAAAGAAUUCCGACAAAUACGCGGCUUUAUCUAUACCAAUGCGUAUAAUGACUUGUGCGGCACUUGAAGUACAAGAUGCUGAAGAUUUUCCAACAAAAAUAUGUCCUGACUGCCGUUUGCAAUUGGAGAAAUCUUAUUUAUUCCGUAAGCAGAGUCAAGCGUCCGAUGCCAAGCUAAGAAAACAUUUGCGUCUCAUAGGAAUGGGCAAAACGAGUAAAGUAUUUAACAAAAAAGCGGAAGACGACGACGAUGAUGAUGAGUUAGAAUUACAAGAUUCCAUGGAAUUUAUCAAAGAACAAGAGGACAACCAAAAACAAAUGGAAAAAUUAAAAUUUGAUACUGUCAUAAGUGAAAUUAAACAGCAAAAUGAACAGGAUUUGAAAAAAAUUAAAGAAAAUCUAAGAUUGAACUGUCGAGAGGAAUUAAUACCAGAAUUACGGGAACAACUAAAGAAUGAAUUAAGACUAGAGGUGGAAAAUGAAUUGGAAGAAAGUUUAAGAAAAGAAAUUAGCGAACAAUAUACAAACGAAGCAAAAGAAGCGCUACGUGCUGAAGUCCAGGAAGAAUGUAGACAAGUGGAAAUCAAAUGCCUAUUAGAUGAUCUGCAGACAUUUCUCAACAAUAAGAAAAAAUCAUUGGAACCUAAUUCAACUACCAAAGAUGUUGUAGCCAUUAAAAGACCUUUAAGUCCAACAAAUAACAAAGAUCCGGCUGCAAAAAGAAAAUUGAUUGUGCAAAAUUCACCUAAAGUAGAAGAGGUACAAAUGCAACUACAGGAGGAAGAGGACUUGAAUAACACGAACGUGGAGAAAGGAAUAAUUAUAAGUGAACAUGAUCUGAACACGAAUGAUGAUGAUUGUGAUAGCGAGGGAAAUUUUCUAAUUUAUGACACUGACGACGGUGGCAUUGAUAUUCAGAAAAAACCUUUAGUUGAUAGAGAGGAAUACACUGGUAAUAAUGUUGUCGCUAGCGAAGAGUACGAAGAUGAUGAAUAUAUUGAUUCAAAUAGUACAAUAACAUAUGAAAAAGUCAAUGAGGAAAAUAUGGUCACUAAUGAGGAGUCUGGGGAAACGAAUACCACAACGACUUCGUAUCGCAUUGAAGACAACGAAAAUGGAGAAAUACAGUUUUUGCACAAAUCCAAUGAAAAUGAUGAAAUUGACGAGGAAAAUCCAGAUCAAAGCAAUGAAAACAUAAUGGUUAUUGAUUUUCAAGAAAGCUUGGAUAGUGAAUAUAUAGGACAGUUUGAAGAAGUGAAAUAUGUCAAGGCUAAAAAGCAAUUGAAAAGUAAAUCUAAAAAAUCACCGGGUAAAAAAGCAGUUACUAGAACUACAACAUCAACUACAGAGACAAUUCUUACGAAAACCUACGUGAAUCCAUUUCAACGCAGUACAGAUACACCAAAAACAUUUAAAUGUGAUGAUUGUCCGAUGGUGUUUUCCACCAAACCUUCGUUAGAGCGUCAUUUACGUACUCAUCGCAAAGUUGGGAAAAGUGGUGUUAAUUUUCAGUGUCCAGAAUGUCAAAUUGUAGUUUCAUGUAGCAGUGCUCUACGACGUCACAUGUACGUACACUGUGAAGUGAAGCCGUUUGCCUGUAAUAUUUGUGAUAAAGCGUUUGUGCAAAGGGAGAUUCUCAAACGACAUAUGCAAACACAUACGGGCAUAAAGCCUCACCAAUGUUCACAAUGCGAUAGAUCGUUUGCUCAACGUAUUAGCUUAACCGAACAUAUUAAUCGUACACACUUGGAGGAGCCGCGCAUACAACGACAUGCCUGUCAUUUAUGUCCCAAACGCUUUAAUCAUGCAUCCGGUUUAAGCCGUCAUUUGGCCUCACACAGCGGUGUUGCUUUUCAGUGCAGUGAGUGUGAUCGUACAUUUGGUGAUCGUUCCUCAGUUAAAAGGCAUAUUAUUAACACGCAUGGAAAUCUUAAACCCUCUAAAGGUGAGGUGAAAGCAAAAACACCGUAAGUAAGCACAUACAUAGUUAAAUGUAUAUGAUAUUAAGUGUUUUAUUAAGAUUAAUACUGUAAUUAAGUUAGUUUUAGCUAUAAAUUCAAUGCAAUAAACGUUUUUAAUGAAAGAAAA